AUGUCCCGCGACCACUACACCCCCGGCACUCUCUUUGCCACCAGUGGCAACACUGCCAACGCGAACAACAGCACAAAUAACAACACAAACACCACCAAUAACAACACUACCACCAUUGACACAGACAGUAAUGCCUCCUCCUUGCUAGACAGAAUCGACCAGCUAGAUCUCCAUGCCUUCAUCGAGAGCAACAACCCUCCUCCCAGCUCUGUUCCCAACGACACCUCGUUGGCUCCUGUGGUGUCCAGCGACGACUACUCUCUCUUCCACCCCACUGUAUCUCUCAACAACACCAACCUCCUCACUGGCAACUCCCUACAGCCCAUAUACUCUUCUCCCAACAACUACCAGCUAACCACUUACAACUCAAACACAAACUUGGUUGCAAAUCCAAGCCAAGUUGAUUUAACCAAUUCCAAUUCCAAUUCCAAUUCCAAUUCCAAUUCCAACUCCAACUCCAACAUCAACCACAUCGAUAGAAAAAACCUUAUUUUGGAUGACAACAACAAUCCUAACAACAACGAUUCUAAUACUAAUCUGCAUAUCAAUCAGAACAUUACUGACAACAACUUGAAUGUCUACAUAUCCAAUCCUCCAUCCUCCAUCUCUUCUGAAAAGAAAAACUGGUCCUCAAAAUUAAAAUCAAAACUAACGUUAAAUUCAAAACUAUCUUUUUCAACCCAUUUUUAUACUAUUCUUUUCCUCCUAAUAUCCUUAUCAAGUGCCAUCAUCAUACUCGUCCUUCAAAUUACAAUGUCAAUUAUCUUCAAUCUUCACUAUAUCGAAAACAAUACUCAAAAAACACUUAAAAAGAGAGCAAUACUAACAUACCUUUCUUUAUUUAUUUGUUCAGAAUUUUAUCAAGUCAUUCUAACCAUAACUUCCUUAAAAUUUAAAUCAAAUAUUCAAAUCCUCCUACUCAUUAUAUUUUUAUCCUGCAUGCUAAUCUAUUCAGGCAUCCAAUUCUACGAACUAAAAACUCAUCUAGAGCAAAAUCUAAACACCUUUCAUAAAAUCAUUGUCAAAUCUUGUUCAAUUGCAAUCAUUUGCAUAUCCUCUUCAGUCUUACUAUCUCAAUCCCUAAUUUUUUUUCUAAAAAUUAAACCAGAAUUCAAUUGGUAUAAUUUUAAAAAAAUAGGCGCUUCAAUCGAAUUCAAAAUUUUCUUGAAAAACUUCCAGGUUUUUAGAACCUUACUAUAUCUAGAUGGCUUUUUCAUACCAGUUUUCACCAUUCAGUUUCUAAUCAUCCUAAAGAAUCCAAUCGUCGAAAUCAUUCUAACUAGCCUUGUUAUCCCCCUCAGUAUAUUAAUCCUAAUUUCCUCUGAUCUUGCCUCUUGUUUAGAAUUCUUUAAACUAUCUCUAUUCAAUCUAUUCUUCCAACUAUUAGGCCUAUCCUUUUUAAUCUUUAAAUUAGUUCGAAUAUACACAAGUGAUACAAAACCUGGUGAAUACUACCCAGGCAGAAAAUCCUUAACUGUAUUUGCGAGCUUCUCCAUUUUUCUACUAAUUUUAACUAUUUUCUUUCAGUUAAAAAUCAUCCUGAACUUUAAUAAAGGCUUAAAGCCCUUCAUAUCAAAAUCAUGGUCUGUUUUUAUUCAAAAAAAUAUAAUCUUAUCAAAAUUAAUUAAAAUCGAUCACGAUAAUCAUGAUAAUGAUCACAAUAGCGCUAUCACUGAUAAUAAUGAUAACGACAAUUUUCAAAAUUAUAAUAACUCCAACAAUUAUAACAAUGAUUACAAUAUCAACAACAUCAACAAUAUCAACAAUUCUAACCAAUCUAACACCAUUGUACAAAAUGACAAAUCUAACAACUACUCCAACUACAAACCUCCUCACUUCAAUUCCAAUAUUCAUCAUGGACAUAUGGAUCUGAUUGAAUUAAAUCAAAAGCCAACAUCCAGAGCUGAUGUUAUCAGACCCAGAUUGUCAAUUGAUUGAAUUUUACUUUAAUUUCCACAUUUUUUACAUUUUUUUACAUUUUUUUACAUUU